AUGAAAGAAAAGUUCGAAGAAAAACAAAGAAAGCAAAAACGAUAUUAUGACAGAGGGUCCACGGAGCUUCCGGCAGUGCAAGAAGGAGAAGCAGUACGAGUACAAGUACAGAAUAAGUGGAAACCAGCAGUGAUCAAAGAGAAACUGGAAACACCGAGAUCGUACAUCAUUCAAACACCCAAUGGUCAACGAUUUAGAAGAAACAGAAAUCAUAUCAGAAAGCAGAAGUAUGGUGUUCAGAUAUCAAGACAGUGGGAACCAAUUGAAGAUUUCCAGUCUGAUGGUGCCAGAGAAGUUCGUGAGGAACAAGUCUCAGAGCCAAGUACUGGACAAUAUUAUAAAACUAGAAGCGGACGAUUGAGUAAGCCACCUGAGAGAUAUCAAGCAUGUUAAUUUAGUUAAUUAAGGUUAUCAUGAACAUAUUAUUUACGAGACAUUUAGAUUUAGAUUUACUAUUAAGUUAAAUAUAUAAUGGUUAUAUAUAAUGAACAUUAAUUUUUUCUGUGCUGGUGUUGUGUACUCAGGUGAAUAAUAUGUUUGUGAUGAUACUCUGAGUGCAUAUCCACACCGGGCGAGCUUGAAAAAUAUGCCCAACCACGGUGGGAUUCGAACCUACGACCUUUGGAAUACUAGCCCAAUGCUCUUCCAACUGAGCUACGCGGUCAGGACGGUUCGAGUAAAUGAUAUUUCGGAACAGUAUCUAGUUCCUUCAAUACCAACACCAGCACAGAAAAAAUUCAUAUUACAAGAACACAUUGGUAUUGAAGGAACUAGAUACUGUUCCGAAAUAUCACUUACUCGAACCGUCCUGACCGCGUAGCUCAGUUGGAAGAGCAUUGGGCUAGUAUUCCAAAGGUCGUAGGUUCGAAUCCCACCGUGGCCGGGCAUAUAUUUCAUGCUCGCCCGGUGUGGAUAUGCACUCAGAGUAACAUCGCAAACAUAUUAUUCACCUGAGUACACAACACCAACACAGAAAAAAAUUCAUAUUACAAGAACACAUUGGUAUUGAAGGAACUAGAUACUAUUCCGAAAUAUCACUUACUCGAACCGUCCUGACCGCGUAGCUCAGUUGGAAGAGCAUUGGGCUGGUAUUCCAAAGGUCGUAGGUUCGAAUCCCACCGUGGCCGGGCAUAUAUUUCAUGCUCGCCCGGUGUGGAUAUGCACUCAGAGUAACAUCGCAAACAUAUUAUUCACCUGAGUACACAACACCAACACAGAAAAAAAAUUCAUAUUACAAGAACACAUUGGUAUUGAAGGAACUAGAUACUGUUCCGAAAUAUCACUUACUCGAACCGUCCUGACCGCGUAGCUCGGUUGGAAGAGCAUUGGGCUGGUAUUCCAAAGGUCGUAGGUUCGAAUCCCACCGUGGCCGGGCAUAUUUUUCAAGCUCGCCCGGUGUGGAUAUGCACUCAGAGUAACAUCACAAAACAUAUUAUUCACCUGAGUACACAACACCAGCACAGAAAAAAAAUUCAUAUUACAAGAACACAUUGGUAUUGAAGGAACUAGAUACUGUUCUGAAAUAUCACUUACUCGAACCGUCCUGACCGCGUAGCUCAGUUGGAAGAGCAUUGGGCUAGUAUUUUCCAAAGGUCGUAGGUUCGAAUCCCACCGUGGCCGGGCAUAUAUUUCAUGCUCGCCCGGUGUGGAUAUGCACUCAGAGUAACAUCGCAAACAUAAUAAUAAAAUUUUUGCUAAUAUAGAGAAAAGUUCAGUGGUAUCUGAAAUGACAUUAACAGAUCAAAAAUGGGACGAUCAACUUGAAACAAAAACAUCAAAAGUGUACAAAAAUCUCGCAUCGCAAUUGACGGUUGAGGUAGGUAUGGUGCAAAAACAAGGUGAAGACUUAAAAUGUAAAAUGUUUGGUUUUUGCCUAAAAUGUUUUAUCUUCUUAAGAAUAUUUAUCAUAUUCGUAGAUAAGAAAAGUUUACAAGGACCACGCUGAGUUUAGUUAUGUUAUUGUCAAGGGAUUCAGGUAAUUCAAAGUAAAUGGCGUUGAUCGAAAUGUCGACUAAAAUCUAGGCGUAUAAAUCGUCAUGUUUUGAAGUGAAGACGGAAGGCUAUAUCUUUUAAAAAUUAUUCACACCCUGCUGGCUGAUAAUGUCAUCUCUGAGUCUCGAAUAUCUAAACCAGAAGACACGAUCGACUUUAGGUCACGUUUAAUAAGUAUAGGUAAUCACGCGAUGGCGAGUACAAUUAGGGAUUAAUAAUAAUAGUACAAGUGAUGUUUGGAAAUUUUGCCAACAUCGCAUGUUUACUUGUUUAUUAUUAGCAUGACAAAUUUGAAUACUUCUCAAUGUUAACAUCAGAUAUUCUCUCGCCAAAGCCCAGUCCUGCCAGAUUUUCAACCAAAUUUUGGUGCUUUUGUCCGUAUUUUCAUUUAGUUCUUGUGUUAAAGCAAAAUUUGGUGCUUUUGUUCGUAUUUUCAUCUAGUUCCUCUAGGGCAAUUUUAUUUCACGCUUGUGUUUAAAAUACCUUUCCGCCAUUUUGUUUGUUUUGGGAAAAUCAUUAAUUGUACUGCAGUACAAUUAAUGAAAUAAUUGUACUCCUCUCAACCAAUCAGCAUCCAGUAGUAUUGUCAUGCUAAUAAUAAAGACAGUAAAUGAGGUGCCCUAAUUAACAGUGUGUCAUAAAUGGUAAUGGACUAUAUUAAUUUACUUAAACUACGUCAGUUAGCGAGCAAACAUAUGUCUAAUUCUAUUAUUUUCUUUCUUGUGUGUUGUGUAUUUUCGCAGGCGCGGCAGUAUAAUUGUCGAAAUUGAGUUCAUAUUUACGAAGGAAGUCGAAGACCCCCUUAAACCAUUGAUGGAAAUUAAAGAGAUUGGCAAGCUUGGUAAAAUGAGAGUUAAAAUAAAGACAAUGGAAGGUAACAUAAAAAAGUUAAUAAUCGGUUUAAAUAUACUAGCUAAGCUAAAACGAAAUUUGAGUGUACUUAUAUUAAUUUUGCUCACAGAAUCAUUUAUUUUCGACAGUAGAUGAUAUGGAUACAGGAUUUCUGAAAAAACGCAAUGUAAAUUUAACAGGCUGUCGUACGUCAUAAACUUAUAGCUAAACAAUUCAAAUUUUACAUAGGACGAAAGAGCUGUUAUUUAGCUUUUCUACGAUACCUUUUUUAAAUCGUAACGAUGAGAAAUGGCCACAUACUCGUCAAAUAAAAAUUGCCGGUCGAAAUCACAUUCUUUCACCGUUGGGAUCUUCGAAUUGAAAAUACAUUAAUUGUACAAAGUUAAUCAAUCCAAAGCAACGCGAGUGUAUUGCAAGCAGUAUUUGUUUCGUAAAACGUUUGACUCGAAUCUUCUCUGUUCAGUGGUUAAUUAACCAUGUUUAAUGACGUUCUUAUUAAUUGUCUCACUAAGACGAAAAUUAAGAAUGUGAUUUUGACCGGCAAUUUUUAUUUGACGAGUAUAUGUGGCCAUUUCUUAUCGUUACGAUUUUUUAAAAAGAGUAUCAUUGAAAAGCUAAAUAACUGUUCUUUCGUCCUAUGUAAAAAUUGAAUUGUUUAACCACGUUUAUGAUCCACGUUUUUGAAUUUCCAUUGCGUUUUUUUAGACUCCCUGUAUAUGAUAGAUUGUUAUUAUAUCUUUAUGUUUGUUGACAACGACGUUCACUAGACCCAUUGUCACAAAAUAGUAACGUUCUCAAGAACAAAAUCAUUGAAAGAGUACAUAACAUGUUACUCUUCGAAAGCGUAUCACCUAUUAAUCACCCCAUGGUAAUCAUCUUAAUUGACCCCCUCAGUAUUUUGUUAUCUGCCAAAAGCUCUGAUAGAAAAAUAACCUCUGGUAAUAAUAUAUAAAGCUGAUUUUUAUUAUACCUGAUGUAUAGAUGACUCGAACGAAGAUAAAAUUCUUGGUCUGGACAAAACAAUCUUUUUUGUCAUUGUUGGCGCCGCUGUUGUGUUUAUCUUGAUGAUCAGUGUCGUAAUCUACCUUCGUAUAAAACGACACCGAACCCACAGGGAGGCCAAAUUCAAGACGAGAAUACUUAACACAAGCGACAAAAAGUCCCAAGGAAUUGCAUUCCAGCCAACUGAUCAAGGUAGUGGCGAAGAGAUAGAUCUGAAAGUGUUUGAUAACGAGGCUAUUCGUCUUGAAGACGAAAUCAAAAUAGAGCCUUGAUCUUGCAAGUUCUUUUUUUCUUUUUGCUAUACUGCGAUUUGCAGUUGAGCUUAGAGACAAGAAGUUUUGCCGUGCAGUUUAAUCGUUGAAACGCACAAGUUACCAAGGAUGUUGUAAUGGGAGAUUUAGGCACUUUCGGCCAAUCGGGCAACGCCUUCUUCACUAUGAUUGGCCGAAAGUGUCUAAAUCUCCCAUGACAACAUUCGCAUUUCCGCUUGACAACAUUUGAAUUUGCCCUUGGUAACUUGUACGUUUCAACGAUCAAACUGCAGGGCAAAACUUCUUGUCUCUAAGCUCAACUGCAAAUCGCAGUAUGAAAGUUUGUGAUUUAAACCUAGAUUUGCAACUUUAACUUGAUAAACUGUAAAUCUAGAUGAUACAAAAACAGGGCUCGCAUAAUCGUUGGGAGAUUGAUUAGUUAUACUCGGUGAUAUUUGGCUAAAGGCUUCCAGCACUGAAUUUUCAUGAAAUUUUAAUAAUUACAACUAGAAUAAUAUUUACAACUAUUCAAUUGACAUAAAACUUAUAAGAAGGAAAAGUUUAAUAACUGUCAUACAACUCUUUUGGAAGAAUAGAAACUAUACUGAACGAGUUUAAAACAUACCCACAAACUAUUUCCCAUUAUUUGAAUGCGAGCUCUUGAUAAUGAAGAUUUAGGCGUUGCUUUUGUGUGCAAAGUGGAGUAAAUGAAGUCGUAUUUAAGACUAAACCGUAUUAUCACAUCGUAAUUAUUAUACUAAACCGUAUUAUCACAUCGUAAUUAUUAUAUGUUAAAAUAUCUAAAUGUAAAAACUUAGAAGGUCUUAUAGAAGUAGUUUAAGGUUGGAUUUAAGAACUCUAUACCUGACAGUGAUUUGAUGGUGAUGGACUGUAAAUUUAUUAUUUCAUCUUAACAGAAUCACUAUAAUCGUAAAGUUUGUAUCAUAGUAAUAGUAUUUCAAUUCAUAUAUAACCUCAACAUCUGUGAAACACAAUGAUGAAAUACAAUAAAAGCUAGCAUAUAUGCAA